GUGGCGCUCGUUCUCACGCUAACCGAACCGUUUUUGUUGAACUUAAAUGUGCUUCUAGACGUUGCUGGUGGGACUGGACGUGUAGUUUAAUUAUAACAGAAUCGAAUCCUGGACAGGUGCCGGCGCAGACCGCAGCAGCAGCGCCGCCUCCGCCCGCCUGGAUCCGUGGAUGUUAUUUAUCGACGCGUUCCGCUCACGGGCGUGUGCGCGCGUCGUCUUUAUUAUGAUUAUGAUGAUGGCAUAAUAAUUAGCGAUCGCUAGACAGUGAUCAGGGCCGGUGCUCGGGUGAAGCAGCGCUCGUUUUCACGGAUCGUGUGAGGUUCGGUGCUGACGGGCGGAGCGGCUCCUGGAUACUGGGUCAACACUGCGAGCUUUGCUGCCGCCGCUGCGCCGCCGCUGCGCCCACCGGAGCCGCGUCACCCGGAGGAGCCGCCAGGCGAGGUGCAUUGCUGAGGGCAACACUUUUCAACAAUGUCCUAGUGAGACUGGACAAGGCGACGUGGCCUUGAGGUGGUGAGGAGUCGUCUCACCCUCAUCCUUCCUCCUGACGGACCGACGCACUCCUUGUCUCUCCUCCUUCUGUCCCCAUCACCUCCCCACUAGCAUUCUUGGUGUGGCCCUCCGGCCCCGGCCCCUGCCACCAUGCUGUGGGCACACUGCUGGUGGAGAGCUUGAGGAAGCAGACUCUGGAAGGCGACCCUGCUGAGCCAGGGGACUCCUACCUGUCCCUGCUGGACCCAAAAACCCUCGCAGAGUGCUGGGCCCCAGAUGGCUUGAUGCCUGAGAGCAGCUACUGGCAGCUCUGCCCUCCCUCCAAAUCCAGCCUGCAGGGGGGGUUGCUGAGCUCUAGUUUCCCCCCUGGCCCAGUGCCCCUGGUGCCUCCUGAUGCUCACCUGCAGGAGGGGGGCGACCCCCUGGACAGCGCCCCCUCGCACCUGCAGCAGCACCAGCAGCACCAGCACCGGCCUCUGGUGCCCAGCACCUCAGCGUCUGAGCUGUCUCUUCCCGGAGCGGCGGCUCCUCCGGCACUCGGCCCCCCUCCCCCUCCCCCUCCCCCUCCUCCCCCUCCUCCCAAGCGCCACUGUCGCUCUCUGUCGGUGCCCGAGGACCUGUCACGCUGCCGCUACACCUGGCGGCCCAGCGCAUCGCGGGUCUGGACCCCAGUCAGUCGCCAGCAGUGUCAUGGAGGGGUCAUAGGCAGCGGGGUGGGUGUGGGAGGAGGGGGUACAGGGGCAGGAGCUGCCGGGGGAGGAGCUUGCCCCCUCCGUGCGCCCAGCUCCUCCCUGACCUCCUCGCUGCACUCCUCGUCCAGCCCCACCUUCUUCAGCCUGGCGCUGUCUCCAGACUCCCCCCUCCCCUGGAGCUUCCCCUGGGACCCCAGCGAGGCGGCGGCGGGUGGAGGCGCCUGCUGCUGCUUUUUCCCGUCACCCUCAUCCUGUUCUUCGUCGCCCUCUCCCCUCCACCCUCCCCCCCCUCCCCAGAGGCGCUUCUCUCUCUCCCCGGUGCUCAUCAGAGACUCGGCCGCCUCCACCUUCCUGCCGCCACCUCCUGUGCCAAGCCAAGCGGUGGCGCCCUCCACGGGCUGCUCCGGGGCGUCCGGGGCGGCUGGAGGCGGCCCGGUGCCCGCUUCGCCCUCCUCCGCCUGCAGCACACCGUCCUCUCUGCGACGCAGUCUCCCGCCACAGCUGCCGCGCUGCCACUCGCAGCCCUGCGACCUGCUGCUUCUCAAACCAGGUCUGAAGAGACGGCGGGACCCCGACAGGCCCUGCGCCCGACCCAUCCUCGACUUCACCAAGAUGACUCAGACCCGCACCAUGGACCCACAGUGUCUGGAGCGCGGGGGGGGCAGGCUGGCCUGCGGCGGGGACCUCUGCAUGGGCAUGGAGUCCUUCAUGGGAGACUUCCGCAGCUCCUGCUCGCCGGCCGAAUGCCUGGGCAGAACCAGCAUCGGGCCGCUGAGCGAGAGCGACGAGGAGUGUCGCGAGGACGAUGACGAUGAGGACGACGAUCCGGAGGAGGAGCCUGAUGAGCGUGAGGCGGCUCAGCAAGCGGUGUUUGAGAGGGACUGUACCGAACUCGACUUAAACUUAAUAGAAGAAAACUGACAUUUGUAAAUGGAAAGCUGUUCUGUUUAGGUUUUUAAUCCAGUUUAUUUCAAUUGAUCUCCCUGGACCACAACACACCCGCCUCCUUGCCACCAAUCAGCAAGGCUCUCAGGAACAACGCCUUCUCUCAUUGGAUGAGCUGGGGGUAAACCAAGCUGAUUGAUGACAACAGUGAUGAUGUGACUACCGCCGUUAGAGACUCACUGCUGGGGUUUCACUGGGAAUCCCUGCGAAAUUGCUUUUUAACAUUUCUGUGUGGUUCGUUUUAGUCGGGACCUUAGAGAAUAGCCUGGCUGCUGGAGGUGAAAGGAAACCUUCACAGUCUGAAACCCAGCGCAUAUGAACUUCAGGUACCCGUAAAACCCACUCACUCCCACUUCUGGUACCUGAAGCCCAGAUGCAGAGUUUGUCCAGGUGUCUUCCAACACACAACUGCUAAGUCUCUGUAAGACACGAGGGUCCGAUGGAGCUGUCGCCACACUGCAGCGCCGACCCGACACUCAUCGCGCAGGUCCCGCUGUUAAACAAAGAACCAAGCUGUGUCCAAGCUGAAUACAAUCACACAUUUGAGUCAGUUAGUGGUGAAUCAAACUGCUACGCAAUGCCUUUGACUGGAGCAUCUCUGCUCCUCUGUACUGUUUCAGUGGUUUUCUUCAGAAUAAGUAACAAAAUAUUUCUAGUAGUCGGAGUCUGGAGACACUAAACACAGCGAGAUGUUUAUGUGACCUCGGCGAGGGGAAGCUUUCGGGUUCACCGCUGUGUGUCGUCAUCCCAUCAGGCUUUACUGAGGCAGGUAGUCACUGAUGCUGUUGUUCACACAUUCCUGUCAUUGGAAAACCCUUGUGUGUGUGUGUGUGUGUGUGUGUGUGUGUGUGUGUGUGUGUGUGUGUGUGUGUGUGUGUGUGUGUGUGUGUGUGUGUGUGUGUGUGUGUGUGUGUGUGUGUGUGUGUGUGUGUGUGUGUGUGUGUGUUUGUUGACACCUCAUCCCCACAGGAUUCCGCCACACUGACACAAGUUGUACAUCCAAGUUUAGCACAAUUAAAUAUGGAUUUAAUAAUCUUUUAGUAAAAACACUUGUCUGUCCAUCACCGCUUUGGGAAACAUCUGGAAGAGGAUGUUCUGCAGUUGGUGUCAUUAAGCUACUUUAUAGUAGGAGAAAAAAAACAAUGUUGUGUUUGUCAGGACUAAAACCAGAAAUGCCAGAAAUUUGCCACAGAUUUGAUAGAGAGGCUGUAACUAAACUUAGACAGUGACGUACCGUUGAGUCUUCAGUCCAUUCUGGUGCGUCUCUGCUUAGUUUAGGUGCUAGAGCUUCUACGAUCAAAACCAAAAUCAAGGUUAUGAAUUUGAUGAGUGCUGAUUUGGGUUUGUUCGCCUUUAGGUGCUCCUAACAACCAGGUGUGACCGGUUAUUUAUUUAUUUAUUUAUUUUUGUAAUGUUUAUGGAUGAGAUUUGUAUUUGUUAUUUGUUCACUUUAGUAUUAACUUGAAACCCAUUCAUGAAAUGUUUUCCAUGCUGUUAACAGCUGCACUGAUGCAUUAAAGACCACAUGACGCA